CCGGCAGGCCAGGCCAGGCCAGGCAGCCGCCUGGCACGGGAGCGUGGCAGGGUUCAGCGCGCCCGCAGGCACGGGCUCCCAGCGCCUGGGACGGCAGCAGCCGCUCUGCCCCUCCCGGCUCAGCCCUGGGGAGCCCCAGUGUGACGUCAGAGCCGCCACUGUGAGCUCAGAGCUGGCCACCCGCACAGCCCUGUGGCGCGUGGGGCAGGAGCCCACAGAUGCGUGUGGCUGUUGCCCGGGCAGGUGCGCUCCUGCUGAGAGGCGGCGCGUGGCUGCUGCUGGAGCUGGUUUUGCCUGGGCAGGCCACGCUUGCUGGGGCUGAGGGGGAAGAGCUGAGCGGGGAGCCUGCCUUGGCCCAGAGAUGGCGAGGAGAAAGGCCCCCCAGGGAAGACACCAAGGGGCCUCCAAAGGCUCCGUUGGGAUUAAUGCCAGACAAGAGCUGGCAGGGGAGGCAGCGGGGCCGAGCUGCUGCCAGGCCAGCGGGAACCUGUGCGUGGAGGUGGAGCUGGUGACGGUCCCUUCCACCUCGGCUCCCUGCUCUGCCACGCAAGGGCCUGCCAAGUGGUGCAGCAAGGCCACAGGAAUUGCAAGGGCGGUCCUCAGCCUGGCUUGGCAUCUGGCAGGUGCCCUUGUCUCCCUGUGGAGACACCUGCUGAGCACACGCAUCUUUGCCAGGCAAAAGAUGGCCCCGCGGAGCAAGAGGUUGCUGAAAGUCUUCUUCCUGUGGCUCCCAGUGGCUCUGGCUGGUGCUUACUGCGCGACCUCGCUGCCGGUGUGGACAACGCAGGCAAAGGGACUGAUAGAGGAGCUGACACGCGUGUCGUCGGCAAACCUGAAGAUGCUGUGGAACUUGCCCGUUUUGGUGGUGGAGGAGACCCAAAAGACACGCUUUCUGCUGGAGGAGGUGGCUCAGCUGAGGGCACAGAUCCGCAGUUUGAAGGAAGCUCAGGAAGUGAACCAGGCAGCGUCCAAGAAGGCUUUGGGUGCCUACGUCGAGAUGUCUGACUGGGCCCUGGAAAGCUCUGGUGCCACCAUUGACACGCAGAGAACUUCCGAGACCUACGACUGCCAAGAGAAUUGGAGCUGCUGGGCUUUACGGUUCUUCCGCGCUGCCAAGCCUCCUGAGACUAUUUUGCAGGCGGAUGUUUCCCCAGGAAACUGCUGGCCUUUCCAAGGGCAUCAGGGCCAGGUGGUCAUCAGGUUGCCAGCACGAGUCCAUCUGACUGCCAUCACUGUGCAGCACAUCUCCAAAGACGUGUCUCCAUCUGGGACCGUCAUCAGCGCCCCCAGAGAUGUCGCUGUCUUUGGAGUGGAUGCGGACGGAGAAGAGGAAACUCUCCUUGGGACGUUCACGUACAACGUGGCGAAAGAGGCCAUUCAGACCUUCCCUCUGAAGAACGCGCCGCUUCCCAGAGCCUUUCCGUCUGUCAAACUUCUUGUGGAGAGCAACUGGGGAAACCCAGCGUACACCUGCGUUUAUCGAGUGCAGGUUCAUGGGAAGAUGGCGCAACCAGAGAGCCCCAGGUGAAACCAGAGAGGAAAAAUGUCAAACGUGAGAAAGAAGAAGAAGGGGAGGAAGACCAAAUAAAUCUAAAAGAUGUGGCAAUUGAGAUGGCUGUAGAACUGUAGAAGAUUUGUCUCCAAAGCGGGGUGCUCAAGACGUUCCACACUGCGGGAGGGGAAUUCGGGAGCGUGUGGAAAAUGUUAGAGCUUGUAUGCAAUUUUUUUCUUAAAAACGAGGAAGAUGGGAAGCAUUGCCAAGACUGAACCUAGAGAGGGGAGGCCCAGCCUGUCAGCGCUCCUCCCGCCGCCCCCGGAGGCUCCGCAAGCGGCCCCAGCCCAGGGCAGGCCGAAGGGCCCGGCUUCAGUUCACAAGAGGGAGGCUGGCCCCGCCCGCCGGCCCGCGCGGGCUCUGCAGGAGCUCCCCCAGGCGCCCGCCCACCCUCUUCCCGGCUUCUCAGCCAAUGGCGCCCGCCAGGCGGGGACAGGCAGGGCCCCCCGCCAACCACCGCAGCGCCCCUUCUCUGGCCCCGCCCCGCUGCGGCCGCGUGCCAGCGGACGAGCACGUUGCUACGGGCGCGCCCGGAGCGCCAGCCAGGGCCGCGGGUUCGAGUCCCGCCGCUGGCUUCGAGGCCCGGCGAGGUCAGGGAAUGAGGCGCUUGCUGGCGUGAAUGCCUCACGUACCAGCCACAGGGCUGCCCGCGCAGGAGGGGAAAGGUGGUUUAAUGGGAAAUUGUAGUGAUAAUUGGGUUUGAAGUACGGGUGCUUGGAAUAGCUGUUUUGGUCAGUUAUUAAGAGAAAAAGAAUUUUGCCAAGGAUGUUUUCUUGUUGGGGGGGUCCGAGUCCCCUGCCCGGUUUGGAAAGAGCUUCGAGUCCCCGAAGUUGACCAAGCGGGUUAGAGUCCCACUGAAUGGGGUUUGAGUCCCCACUUUGGCCACUUGUCUUGACUGGUCUCUGAAUUUUGGCGUGGUUAUCAGAAUAUGGAUUUAUUUUUGCAUGUUCGGAUCAGAUAGUUGUUUUGGAAGUCACAUUUAAUAUGGGUGGGGAAUCGUCUAAAGGCACCGUCUUAAAGAAGUCACCUCUAGGGCGUUGACUGAGGCAUUGGAAGGGGGCUGGGGGUGGGUUCGAUCCCCUCACAAGGAAGCAGUUAACUGAGUAUUGUAAUCAUUGGUCGCCGAUCUAUACUUUGAAAUAUAAUACUAUAAUACUACUAUAUUAAAAUAAUAUGUAUUAUAAUGCAAUAAUACCAUAGUGCGGUUGAUGAUGUUUUGCAAAAGAGAAGGAAAAUGGGAUGAGAUCCCAUACGCGGGUUGGUUUUUCACGUUGCAGAGCAGCGGUUGGAAAAGGGGAAAAGAUCGCGGAUCGAUUACCAAGGAUGCAAAUGUUUUGGCCUUAGAACAAUGUUGGGACAAACCACCCACCCGCGUGAUGUUGUUCUGCAUGUAGUAUUGGUAAAAGGAGGUGUAAAAUACAAGGAGCUGGUGGAAGAGGAAGAUGAUGUAGGAUGACUAGUGGCUCCGGCACAGGGAAGUCUACAGGGAGGUAACGAUCAGUGUGGAAACAGGGAAGUUGGACAAGUGGAUAUGGGGGUGUAAAUGGUGGUGCUGAAUCACAGAAUCACUAAGGUUGGAAAAGACCUCUAGGAUCAUCAAGUCCAAGCCCCGACCCAACACCACCAUGUCUCCUAAACCAUGCCCUGAAGGGCCACAUCUGCACGUCUUUUAAACACCUCCAGGGAUGGUGACUCCACCACCUCUCUGAGCAGCCUGUUCCAAUGCCUGGCCGCUCUUGCAGUAAAGAAGCAGUUCCUAAUCUCCGAUCUAAACCUCCCCCGAUGCAGCGUGAAGCCAUCUCCCCUCGUUCUAUCGCUAGCAAUAGAAAGUGAAGGGGGGCCGGAACGUCAGUGCUGUAGCAGGAAGAACUAGGAGACGGGGGGCAGUGCUACAAGCACCCUUAAGGCAGGCCGUGGGUCCGCCAGGAGGGUGGGUGCGGGUUCAAGUACCCUUCUCAGUAGCAGGCUUAUGGGCUUGGAAGGAGAUGGCUCGAAUGUAUGGGGAAGACGCGGCAAAGGUGGCGAAGGUAUUGGAAACUGUUGUGGAGAAUCAUGACCCGGAGUGGAAGGAGAUACAGGUGGUCUUGAAUAUGUUGUUGAGAGAUGAGGAGCAGAGGCUGUUGCGGUUGAGGCUGGGGAAGAAGCAGAGAGGGUUCACGCUCAGGAUGCACAGGCAGGAAGGCUGGAGGGUCAUUCUUGCCACCACCGAUCUGAAUCGGCACCUGAGCAGUCAGGCACAAAGGUUAUUGUGAACUGAAUAGCAGAGGUUGAUAUUGUGAGGGGCCUCUAGGCAAGAAUGCACUCAAGGACGUAAUCUCUGCGAGCGUGACGGGGAUGCAAACGACCUAGCAGCUGGCGCCAGUCGAAACCAAGGCAGAAGGAACUAUGGACACCUCCAUCUAGAUAAGAGUCACAACACCCGGUGAAACCGACACACCUUGCCCCACGCUGUGACAAGAUUACUUGAUGGGCCACCUCAUGACCAUAUGUGGAAGAAGGACUCAGAGUUCAUGGAAAGGACAGAAAAAACACCCCUUCAGCAAAGCACUAGGGACCACCCGAUACCUCUUGGGGGGCUUCUGAGGGGCUUAAAACGCACGGGUAAUUAGGAAGCAAGUGUUAGAAUUAGUUCCAGGAAAGCUAAUGCAUAUGUAUAUAACCGAGCAAGCUAAGCUUUGUCUAUCCCGCCUUGCGGUAUGCACGCUAGGAGGAAUUAUCCCCUGUGCGUCUGGCACCGUAAUAAAGAAUGCCCGCUUCGUAAUACUA